GCCCGACUGAAACACGUGCAAGUUGGAAGAGUCCUUUAACGUGUUUAGAAAAGACAACAGAAUCUAGUGUUUAACAUUUAUAAUUGUUAAACUAUUUUCAUUUAUUAAGUUUAAUCAAAAAAUCUCUUGAGAAUAUACUUCAACCAGCUUUGUAAGGUAAAAAUAAUGAUUUCGACAAUGAAUAGAAAACAAGGGUUAAAUCAAAGAGUUCGUUUUGCAAAACCCCCUUUUACUGAAUGGUGCAAAUUGGUACGUUAUGUUUGGUGCAAAAGAAGAGUUCCAAAUAAGACAAAUAUGAUUUUAGAAAGUCUCAUAAGAGCUUUAAAAUCACCGGAUGGAGCAAAAGAGAGUGAAAAUGUAUGGAAACUAUUAAAAGAUAUAUUCCUAUUUGUAAAAGGAAAUAACGAGAAAAUAAUUAUUAAAUCAACAUUAUUGGAUUGCUUAUGUGAAAAUAUAGAUGGAAAUUUUUCACUAUUAGUUUUGGAAUGCUUGUCCCUCUUAUUCGACACAGUAAGCCGUAGUUGUCUGGCUGGUUUAUUUGACCAAAUAGGUAAAAUACUAUGCAAAGUAGUAAAUUCCGACGAUUAUUUAAUUGAAAAGGUAAUUAAUGCCAUAAGUCUGUCACAAAGACAUAAAGGAGUUACUAAAAUUAUGGAAUAUGUUUGUCAAGUUUUAAAAGUAGUCUUCCAUCUGGAAGAUCCUAAUGAAAGGAUUCUAAGUUAUCUUACAAGCACUAUAUUAACUUUACAAUUUAAAGAUAAUCUUCUUCAACAAUCUAAAUCAGCUUUGGUUACUAAAUUUAAAGACUGUCUUGUAGAAGGAAACUAUACUAGUCGGCUUCUGCAGAGAUUGCCUAAAGAAUUCUGCGAAAAGUAUAACAAUAGGAAAGGUCAAGAGGAGUUCUUAGCUAUAAUCUUUGAUAUAUCCUUAAAAAAGAUAGGGAAUGGGAAAAAAGAGGAUUUGCAGAGUCUAAUAACCUUAUUACGUACAUACAGCUCUUGUGAAAUUGUACCAGAAUGUAAAGAAAUAUGGAUAAAAUUGUUACAAUUGGAGAGAAAUAAUAAUUGGUUUGAAUGCGCAAAUAUUCUAUACGAGCUUGACCAUUCAAAAGCCAAUUUAAAAGAUAUUUUACCCUGUUUCGAACCCCAUAACGCUUUUGAUACCGAAAAUAACUUUUAUAGUUCAGUUAUAUCAACUCAAUGGAAACUUCGAAGGUUGCCAAAAUUUUUUAUAUCUCUUUUGGAAUUAGAAGAUAUCAACAGUUCGGCAUUAAAAUACUUAGGAAAUAAACUGGAAGAAUCAACAAGUAACAUUUGUUUAGAUUGCUGGAAAGUUUGCCUUAAUCAUAAAAAUUCCUUUACGAAAUCUUCUAUUAAAUUACUCUCAACAGUUGUAGAAUAUUUUAUCAUUUCAGAUAAACUACUGUUACAAGGUACAAAUGUUAAACUUGUAGAAAUUAUGGAUGAAACCAGAGAAAGAAUAAAAAGUAGUAUAGGUACCGAAGAGAAUAGCCUUAAGGAAGAUGAAAUAUUCAUUCCUUGCUUAAAGUUACUCUAUGCAUUAACGAAUUUGCAAUUUCUCCUAUCAACAACUUUAGAUGUCAGUUACGAACCAGAGAUAAAGAAAGAAAAAUCGAAUUUUUCAUUCUCUCUUCUUAAAGCUCCAUGGAAAGAUGUAGCGAAACACUGUCAAAAUUCAAUUGAGGGACGUAGUAUUCUAGCUAACUUUUCAAUUCUUAAAAGUCGUAUAGCUAAACAUUUUAGCUAUAAUGAUAGUGAAAAAAUCAUUAGAAAUUCUAUAGAAUUCAUCUACGAAUUAACCUUGUGCGAGAGUGAUAACGAUAUCUUCGAGAGUACUAAAAAGAAUUUCGAUCUAAUAUAUCCUUAUAUGAGUAAAGAUAUGAAGGAGAACUUUUGUAAUAGAAUUAUAGAGAAUGAAAAUUUGGCGAUUAUCUCUAAAGCUUUUGAAUAUAAAGAAUUACAUACAGUCCUCUUUUCACAAGUGGUUAAAAAUCUAACUGAAACAUUGAAAGGCAAGAAAACGUUUAAAUUAUGGAAUGAUCACUCGAUUGAAUUAUUAAAAACUAAUAACACUAACAUAAAGUCUAUUAGUGAAGAUAUUCUCAACUUUCUAAAGGUCGAUAUUAGCAAUCAUCCUAAAGCAAAAUCUACAACUAUAAACAUUCUUACAAAAACGAUGAAUUUGCUUUUAGAUUUUCCUUUUGAGUCAUUAGAAUCUGAUUUAAAGUUGAAAUUCGCUCUGCUGUAUUUACUGUACUCUGCUCUUCCUCUCGAUAAAUCGAAUAAUGCAACCCUACUUAAUACUUGCUUGAAAGGUCUCAUUAAAGUACUAGAUACUAAAGAAGCAAGUGACCUGUGGAAAUAUUUGCAAUGGAAUAAAGUAUUGGAAUAUUUGCAAAGCAGAUUUUUGAAAGAAGAUUAUUCCUUCGAUUUGGCUAGACUGCUUAAGCAAGUUUCCAAUGUUAUGAUUAUUAGUUUGGCCAAAUCCGAAUAUAUACUCAGUUCGAAACAAACAAAAGAAUUUUUUAAGAAUCAAGUAGCUUCAUUAAAUGAACUGAAGAAUGUACAAUCAUCAAAUUGGGUUUUGGCUGCUAAUUACACUUCACUCGAACUCUUUUUAUCAAAGACUUUAUCUUUUUCUAAGCGCCACUAUUUAAAAGGUGAAAAGAAGAAAAUAUGCUCCGAAUUCUAUGAAAGUCUCAGUAUUCAAUCAUUUAAAAUAUUGGAGAAUGUAUUAAAAAGCACGAAAUGCUCUAAUUGUAUCGAUUGCUCAAUGAAUAUUUUAGCGGUUUGCCUACAAUCGAAAGAGGCGUCAAAAUAUGCUAAAAAACUAUGGGAAUUAGCUCAAAAGUCGAUAUCUGAAAAGGUUGAGGGAACUUUAAAAUACCUAAAAUGUCUUAGUCAGAAGAGAGAUGAAUUUGAUAUUACUGAAGACUGGUUAAUAGAAAAUUGGUUAGUGUUGGUGAAGUUAAUAAUAAAGGAUUUAAGAGUCGUUAACGAAGAUGUAGAUACUUGUACAGAAAACUUGAUUGGUAUAAUAAGUGGUUUACCCAAAGAAUACAUGUUAAAAGUCGUUCAACAUAUCAUUCAAAUCUCUGCAAACCAAUCUAGCAGGCGCUUUCAAUUGCACUUGCUUCAGAACUUUCUGAAUAAGGAAAGAUCGUUGAUUUCUACAACAUCCCCUGCCGUUGUUACUUUUAUGGAAUCUUGUUGCAAGGGCAACUCGACAGAUCAACUUGAAGUAAUGAAAACUUGUACCGUUAUUAUGCCUCAAGUGGUAAAACGUGAGAUAGGAUCAAGAAUUUUGAGAAUAAUUGAAGUUAUUCUCGAAGGCAACAGAUCUAGCGAAUUUUAUUCAUUAGCAUGCCGAUCUGUACAACUUGCUGUCUCUGGCAACAGCGCACCCCCAUAUUUGAUAGUCAACACGUUAAGUUGCAUUUUAGAAAAUCUAAUGAAAGAAAAUAUGGAAGUAAUUCAAAGUUGUAAAGAGAACUUUGAAAAAGCAUGUGCUAUCUUGUCCAAACCCAACUUUUUAAGAGUAUCUGUUCAACUUAUAGCAGCGUAUUGUAUGCAGGGAGGAAGUUCUACAGGCCCUUUGUCUAAUGCUAUAUAUCACGUAAUGGAUUUGUUGGAAGGAAAAGAUAUGGGUUUGUUGAGAAUCAAUCUACCGCCGGCGGCUUUGACACUAUUCUUAAGCUUAAGUGAAGAAUUUGAAAGAAAUUUUAGAUAUACAGGAAAAGUUUAGAAUUGAAUUCUAUGCAUUAUUUGUAAAUAAUUAUAUAACAAUAUAUGUAAAUACAUAUUUGAUUAAAAACUUCCUUUGUUA